AUGACAUCCUCUCGCGUGGAAAUCACGUUCAAUGACGGCAAUGGCGACUGGGACAACAACAUCAACGACAACUAUGCUUGUACGCCGCCGGGUACUUACGCAUUCGUGAACCAGGUCACCAAAAUAGAGAGUGACAGUGACUGCGUGGAGAUCGUGGACAAGAACUCGAAAAUACUCAGAUUCCAACAGGUUGAAGACCAACGCAGUGUACCCGACGACCACAACCCUCGAUGUCCCUCACACGAGUUCGUCUUCAACAACGGCGUCGGCGUUGUCUGGGACAACAACAAUGCGAACUACAAGGUUUCCUCAGUUGGCACCUACUCCGUCGUCAGCAAGGUCUCCGGUUUGAAGACAGGCCAGGUUUGUACCAAGUCUAUGAACUUGAAAUCGUCGCGUAUUUUACUUCUGCUACUGUCGAGUCGGAUUUGGUUAUGA